UUUCCAUAAUUGCGAUCGCCUUUCCAUUCUUGGGAUAUACCAUUACAUACAUCAUCAGGCUGAUGUUCUUGAGAGACUAGCUCUUAUUUGCAAGUUUGGAAGCUGCUAUAAUGUCGACGUUCCAUCGAUGACUAUGGAUGUAGACAUGCAUGGCUUUGAACUUCCAUUUGGGAUGAGUUUAUUAUCCCUCCUGUACGACGAGAUUCAAACCUUCGACUUUGACAGCUCUGGUUCAUCCUCCUUCUACAAGGAAAUUUGCCUCGCUCUCUUAUGUCACACCAGCGUACCGUUCUUCAGAAUGCUCAACCAGUGGUUGGGCCUCGAACAUCACCAAGCCGGAGAUAGAUUACUUAGUGGCCUUGAGUACUCGCCACUCAUUGAUCCUUUCGAGGAAUUUUUCAUCGAAGAUACCAUACAUCCUUUUGCUGGCGCAUUAUCAUCCGCCCCUUCUAUACCACGUCAUAUGGAAUAUAUCGGACAUUAUCAGAUACGAAAAGGAAACUGCUUACCCCGAUUCGUUAAUAAAGAGCAAGCCUUUGCUAUCUUGGGGGCUGGAAAUUCUCUACGACUCCUACAGCAGUGCCAGAAGGAUCAUCCGUUACUUAAUGCCCAUUACUUGCAAGAGACAGGCUCAUCAAACUCAAUUGAUGAUCUUCGAUUAUCGUGGAUACUUACCGACGGUGAAGCUACCAGCCACCUAAGGAAGUUGUAUGGUUUUUACGAGAUUCUGCGCCAUUAUUCGCGUGACCGAUUGCGUGUCGAUGAAUUGCCAUUGCACAUGGAUGUUUGCAGUGUCGACAGCCGAGACGAACAGAUUUCAGACCACUUGUCGAUAGGCAGCCGAUCGACAGACGAGAGGAGCAUGGAGAUUAACGAGACAAUGCACCUCCCCUCUCUCUCCCCACUACCGCAAGAGGAGUUCUGCAGCGAAUUUUCAAGGACUUUGGAAAAAAUCAUGAAAUACCAUACGAUGUCGCGAAAAGACUCGGCGGAUAAUAUAAUCGAUUAUGCCAUUCCGAUGUUGGAUACGAUUAUCGAGCAGAGCCUACAUCAGCCUCUGCAAAUAUGGUGCCCGCUUUUGAAUAAUUCUGCGAUGAGCCUCUUGCUGAAUCAAUUCGGCCUUGAGGACCAUUUAUCGCUGCUCAAGCGAUAUUUUCUUUUCGGCGAUGACCUAUUCGUCGCUGGCUUAUGCAACGUGUUACUACCGACUGGCUCGGACGACGACAACGUGGAAACCGGUUUUCCCAUUUCUCGCCAGGAUACUUGGCCACCCAAAUUAACUCAACUAAAUACGUCUCUACGUGCUGUCAUUCUGGACGCUGUAUCGCAGAUCCCUGAAAUUGAAAGAAGACGAAUAUGUUCUUCGGUGCAAUCAGAGCGUCCGACACUCGACAUUGAAGACAUUUUAACAUUUUCAAUACGAGAAAAAAAUGGCGUAAAUGGAUGGAUGAAUCCCUAUGCUCUUGAUUUCUUGUGUCUGUCGUAUGAAGCAAAUUAUCCACUCAACGUCGUUAUUACUGAACAAGUUCUGGAAAAGUACAACCGGGUUUUUUCAUUUUUACUACGUAUUACAAAAGUUACUACUGCCACAAAACGAUUAUACGAAAUGUUCCGUGGACGGCGAUGGUAUCAACCUGCUACAGGUCAAGCCUUACACCGCUUCCGAUUUGGCAUGGAGCAGUUUAUUACGUCAUUGUGCGAGUACAUUUUUCAAAUAGCUAUUCAGGCUACGUGGUCAACAUUUAUGCAACGCCUCGACAAGAUGAAAGCCUUCAACAACGACCAAGAUUCUACGGCAUCGUUGGACUUUUUCUACAUGAUGGAUCCAAUCACGCUCAGUAUAUAUCACGACUAUAUCCUUGAUCGGAUACUUUUCCAAUGCUUCCUCAAACGUAGCCAGCAGUCAAUCCUGCAUGUUCUAAAUUCAGUAUUCAAGGACAUAUUAUCGUUCUCAGUGGCUGUGGAAGAAUAUCACCGAACAAACUCUACGGGACCUAAAGCGCAAGAGCAAGAGCAGAAAAUGAUGCAACGAUGCGAAACUAUUUUCGACAGCUUUAUGAAGCAUGCCAAGACCUUUGUGAAGAUAUUGCAGUUGUUGGAUGAUAAGGGUAUCGGCCGAUUGGGCAAUAUGAUGUACUCGAUGAAUAACAGCAAGCAAGGUAUCUUUGGCGACAUUCACGAGCAAGCAGAAGCCAAGGCAGGCAUCGGGGGAUUCGUAAAAGAAUUAUUGACACGCCUGAACUUCAAUGGUGUCUAUGAGCUGUGAUCCCGUAUUUUUGGUGACAAGCAAGCUUUCUGGGAUCUAUCUUGGUAUUCUUUCGGUCAAGGCCAUUCUAAUGAUCUCCUAUAUCCCCAUUCGAUAAUUCUUACAUAAUCAUCCUCCUCCGCAAAUGGCAAAAUCUCCCUCAU